CUUCCAACCAAACAUAGCCUAAGAGAAAGUGAAAAAGCACCAAUCGGGAAAAGGAAAAGAAAGAACUGGAACUUAAGCCCGGGGAAACCUUGGUGUAAAAGUCUCCAUCCCCAUCGAAAUCUCUAACCUAUAAUUUGCUCUCAGUAUACUAACCCUAGGCCAUUAAGGCUCCAACCAGCGUAUCAUCUUUAUUGCUAUCUUCGUCCUCUUGCACCUCAUAAAUGGCGACGCUUGCUGAUUCUUUCCUCGCGGACCUCGACGAACUAUCCGACAAUGAGGCUGAAAUUCCCGAGGAUAACGAUGUUGAUACCGCGGAUAUGGAGGAAGAUAUUGAUGGAGAUAUGGCUGACAUUGAAAAUCUUAAUUACGAUGACUUGGAUAGUGUUUCAAAACUGCAGAAAACUCAGAGAUACAUUGAUGUUAUGCAGAAAGUGGAAGAAGCACUUCAAAAGGGUUCAGAUGUCUCAAGUCAUGGGAUAGACUUAGAAGACGAUCCUGAAUACCAACUAAUUGUGGAAUGCAAUGCAUUAUCAGUUGAUAUUGAGAAUGAAAUUGUUAUCAUCCAUAAUUUUAUCCGUGACAAAUAUCGCUUGAAAUUUCCUGAGCUUGAAUCACUUGUGCAUCACCCAAUUGAUUAUGCACGUGUUGUUAAGAAGAUUGGAAAUGAAACAGAUCUGACUCUUGUUGAUCUAGAAGGGCUCUUGCCCUCUGCUAUUAUCAUGGUUGUAUCAGUUACAGCAUCAACUACUAGUGGCAAGCCACUUCCAGAAGAAGUCCUUAAUAAGACAGUUGAUGCCUGUGAUCGAGCUCUUACUCUUGAUGCAGCAAAGAAAAAGGUUCUUGAUUUUGUUGAGAGUAGAAUGGGGUACAUUGCACCUAAUCUUUCUGCUAUUGUUGGAAGUGCUGUUGCAGCUAAACUCAUGGGCACAGCAGGUGGUUUAGUAGCUUUGGCAAAGAUGCCUGCUUGUAAUGUCCAGCUUCUUGGUGCCAAGAAAAAGAAUCUUGCUGGUUUCUCCACUGCAACAUCUCAAUUUCGUGUAGGUUACAUUGAGCAAACAGAAAUCUUUCAAACUACUCCUCCUCCUCUGAGGAUGCGUGCUUGCCGACUGUUGGCUGCAAAGUCUACACUUGCAGCACGGGUAGAUUCAACACGGGGUGAUCCAUCUGGGAACACAGGGAGGGCCUUUAAGGAAGAGAUCCAUAAGAAGAUUGAGAAGUGGCAAGAGCCUCCACCUGCAAAGCAACCUAAACCUCUUCCAGUACCUGAUUCAGAACCUAAAAAAAAGAGGGGUGGUCGUCGGCUGAGGAAGAUGAAGGAAAGGUAUGCAGUUACAGACAUGAGGAAGUUAGCGAAUAGGAUGUUGUUUGGCAUCCCUGAAGAGAGCUCUUUGGGGGAUGGUCUUGGAGAAGGUUAUGGAAUGCUUGGUCAGGCUGGCAGUGGCAAGCUUCGUGUGUCAGUUGGUCAAAGCAAGCUUGCAGCAAAAGUUGCUAAGAAAUUCAAGGAAAAGAAUUAUGGUAGCAGUGGUGCCACAUCUGGUUUGACAUCAAGUCUAGCAUUUACACCUGUGCAGGGGAUCGAGCUGACAAAUCCACAGGCUCAUGCACACCAACUUGGUAGCGGAACUCAAAGCACUUACUUUUCUGAAACAGGAACAUUUUCAAAGAUCAAGAGGACUUGAAACUGAACUCAAGCAUAUGUAUGUUGAUGAGACGCCGGGCUUUUAAACUGUUGGUUGUAGACAUUUGAGGAAAUUGUUGACGCUGCAGGAUGUCGCUUGGAUGGGCUUUAUAUUGUAUUUAAAGCAUAACUAUAUUUUGACUAUAGGGGAUGUUGGUUUCCCCCUUAGCCUAAUGUAACCCAUCUUGUAUACGAUAUCAAAAUGAUGAAUUCCCUCCCGAAA